AUGCCUUUCGGAUUGAAAAAUGCAGGUGCUACAUACCAGUGCGCUAUGCAAAGGAUCUUUGAUGAUGUGCUACAUAAACACGUUGAAUGUUAUGUUGACAAUCUCAUAGUCAAGUCCAAAAAGAAAUGUGAUCACUUGAAAGACCUGAAGCUUGUACUUGAUCACUUCAGGAAAUAUGAACUAAGAAUGAACCCUCUUAAGUGUGCAUUCGAUGUAACUUCAAGGAAGUUUUUGGGAUUUAUAGUGAGACAUCGUGGCAUCAAAGUUGAUCACUCUAAAAUUGAUGCUAUCCAAAAGAUGCCAAGUCCGAAGAACCUACACGAAUUGAGACGAUUGCAAGGUCGUUUGGCUUACAUUAGAAGGUCAGUCAUCUCGAAACGCCUCGCGAAGUGGGCUAUUAUACUCCUACAAUAUGAUAUUGUAUAUAUCCCCCAAAAAGCAGUAAAGGGCCAAGCAUUGGCAGAUUUCCUGGCUGAUCAUCCAGUUCCAUCAAAUUGGAAAUUAUGUGACGACUUACCUGAUGAGGAAGUAUUGUUUGUUGAAAGCAUGGAGCCUUGGAUCAUGUUCUUUGAUGGUGCGACACGAAGAAGUGGAGCUGGUGUCGGCAUUGUCUUCAUCUCUCCUGAGAAACAUAUGUUAUCAUACAGCUUCACACUCGGUGAGUUGUGUUCAAAUAAUGUUGUUGAGUAUCAAGCCCUAAUCAUUGGCCUGCAAAUGACUUCAGAAUUAGGGAUAAAGUACAUAGAAAUAUUCGGCGAUUCGAAGUUAAUCAUAAAUCAGCUCUCCUAUCAGUACGAGGUAAAGCAUCAAGACUUGAAGCCCUACUUUAUUUAUGUUAGAAGAUUGAUGGACAUAUUCGACAGCAUAAUAUUGGAGCAUAUACCAAGAUCAGAAAAUAAGAAAGCUGAUGUGCUUGCAAACUUGGCCACUGCUUUAACAGUUUCAGAAGACCCACUAGAGCCGCUUCAUCCAACAAUAGCUUCAUGGCCUUUUGAAGCUUGGGGACUCGACCUGGUUGGACCUAUCAUGCCUAAAUCAUCGACAGGUCAUUCUUACAUCCUUACAGGAACUGAUUAUUUUUCUAAAUGGGCUGAAGUCAUGCCAUUAAGAGAAGCAAAGAAGGAUAACAUUGUAAAUUUUGUUCGGACACACAUCAUUUACAGAUAUGGUAUUCCUCAUCGUAUUGUAACUGAUAAUGGAAGACAAUUCAAUAACACUUUCAUGGACAAGCUAUGUGAGAAAUUUAACUUCAAACAGUACAAGUCUUCUAUGUACAAUGCCGCAACAAAUGGAUUGGCACAAGCAUUCAACAAAACUUUGUGCAGUGUUACACCUUAUUCUUUGGUUUAUGGCGUUGAAGCAGUACUCCCACUAGAAAGAGAAAUUCCUUCCUUAAGAAUGGCAAUUCAAGAAGGGCUAACUAUUGAAGACAAUGCUAAACUACGCCUUCAAGAGUUAGAAGCACUUGACGAAAAGAGAUUGGAAGCUCAACAAGCACUUGAAUGUUGUCAAGCACGAAUGUCAAAAGCCUUUGACAAACAUGUAAGGCCCCGAUCAUUUCAAGUUGGUGAUUUAGUGCUCGCAGUAAGAAGACUUAUCAUCAUGACAAGGCAUACGGGAAAUAAGUUCAUACCUAAAUGGGACAGACCUUACAUUGUCAAAGAAGUUUUCACGAAUGAAGCAUACCAAAUCAUCGAUCAAGACGGAUUAUGA